CACUGCCUUCCUGAUCUUCAUCGCUAUCUCACAUAUUUUCUUACACAACCGAUGAGAUUCACCUUCAAAUGGCUUCACCAUUAAUGGUUCGGGUCUCCUCUUCCGUUUCCCAACAUACUUUUCAUCCUUUGAUUUUAUGUACUACUAUAAUUUAGUACCACUUAUCAUCUAAACUUGAAUUAUUUUCUGCAGAUUGCAUCACGUUGGAACUCUGUAAUGGAUGCCGUAGGACUAGUCAUGGAUAUUGAGAAGGAUGUUGUACCUACACUUAAGAAAUAUGUCAAGUAUCAGAUAUGUCACAAUGAUUAUGUCACUGAAUUCAAAGAAAUGCAAACCCAGCUGAAGCACCGACGGCAAGACGUUGAAAAAGGACUGCAUGCUCAGCUUACACAGCCUGGGAAGAUUGCAAAGGAGGAAGUUAAAGCUUGGCUAGAGAAAGCAGACCAAGAAACUGUAGAAAAAGUGGUUGAAGAUCUAAUUUGCAAAAGGGGCUGUUUCACAUCUAUUUGCUCCUCAAGAAAGCUCGAUAAAAGGACUCAAUCACUGACUGAAGGAAUAUUUAAGCAAGGAGAAAACCCAGCCACCGACAGCAACCUUCCCUUGAGAGAAAUCGGAAAGCAUCCGGAUCUGCUCUGCUCUGUCCGGUUGCUGCUCUUGCCGGUUGUGGGUGCAAAUUCCUUUGAAUUUUCGCCCCGUGAAUUGCCCCUGCAGAUUCCCGCCGGCUUCUCCCUCCUGCUAGGCCCGGUUUUGCAGCUGCUAAAUUCUGGUUCCUGAUCGUUCUGUCAGUUUAGCACUGAGAUCGAGUCUUCGGUUUUAUGCAAGUGAGGUAAGUAAAUUUAUGGUAAUACUCGUACAGUUUUUAAAAGCAUGUUUUGACUUGUUUUUGAAGUGGUGGCGGGACUAAACCCGUUUUACACGAGCAUGACUGAUUUGAAGUGAAAUUUUUAUGCUUUUCAUUAAAUUGAGCAUGCCUACUUGAAAUUUAAUUGAUUGUCCUGAUGAUUUGAAAGUGAUUGGUGAAUUAAGAUUUUUCUGUUAACUUCUGUCUGUUUUGUCUCCGAUGUGGUUAUGUUAUUAAUGAUCUUGCUAGUGGGGCUUAAACACUAGCACAUGUCGACAUGUUAGUGAUAGAACCGGUUCGUUCAAGUGUAGCCUGCCAGUGGGAGGUUUAUAACACUGGCCAUGACCUAUAGAGGAAACAUCUAUUUCGUUCCCGUACUGUAUCCGUUUUUCGUGAUUGCACAUGUUGACAUGCUAUAAGUUUAAUUAA